AUGAUCAACUCUACUCAGGUUUCAUAUUUCAAACUCGGUGCCUUUUUUGACACUGGGGUUUUCAGGUAUUUAUAUUUCAUGAUUGUGAUGUCUUUAUAUAUUGUAAUAAUUUGUACCAAUCUAUUGCUGAUUGUGGUUAUCUGUAAGAACAGAAGCUUACAUGAACCUAUGUACCUUUUUCUGUGCAGCCUGUUUGUAAAUGAACUGUAUGGUAGUACAGGGUUGUUUCCAUUCCUUCUGGUUCAGAUCCUCUCUGACAUUCACACUGUUUAUGCUUCUCUUUGUUUUAUACAGAUUUUUUCUCUGCAUGUCUAUGCAAAUGUAGAAUUGUUUACCUUAGGAGUCAUGUCUUAUGACAGAUACCUUGCUAUCUGUUAUCCCCUGCAAUAUAACACUCGUAUGACAUCUAACAAGGUUGCUGUGCUUAUUGCGUCCGUAUGGUUAUUCUGUGUACUUCACAUUGUUGUCGUGAUGUCUCUGAGUGUCCCCUUACAGCUGUGUGGGAACACGAUUCAAAAAGUGUACUGUGACAACUACCCAAUCGUUAAACUGGCAUGCUUCGACACAACCGUCAAUAACAUAUAUGGACUUGUGUUUAUGUUUACAGUAUUAUUUGGUCUUAUAAUUCUCAAUCUUUACUCCUACAUGAUGAUUCUUAAAGUUUGUUUUUCUGGUUCUAAACAGACCAGACAGAAAGCUGUCAGUACCUGCACACCUCACCUCGCUUCUCUGAUCAACUUCUCUUUUGGGUGUUUCUUUGAAAUAGUACAGAGCAGGUUUGAUAUGAGCAGUGUACCCAUGAUGUUGCGUAUUAUUUUGUCAUUAUACUUUCUGACCUGCCAACCGAUCUUUAACCCUUUAAUCUAUGGACUGCAAAUGACUAAAAUACGUAGCUUAUGUAAAAGUCUUAUCUUUGGUAAAGUAAUGUAG